AUGCCUAUCCUUUACAGCCUCGUCGACCGUCUUUCAGACGUUCUCAUCGCAGCCGUCAAUCCCGCCAAACGGGCCCGCAACCGCGACUACGAUCGUGAAUCAAGUCUCUCACCAGCACCAAAACUCCACCAUCGCCGGCGUGAGUAUGACUACGACGAUCCUGACGACGACCAUGAGCCCCUCUCAUACUACGGCCGUGGGCUGAGUCCACAGUUCGGUGAGGAGGUUGCAACCCCUAUUGCCGAGGAAGGUGACCUUUCUGGCAUUGGUUAUAGCAACAGCAGUAACAACGACAAGGGCGUUCGAUACUGUCGCACUCCGCGCCACGGUAAAAGCGUUCACUGGGGCGGUAUAAGUAAUGAGUUUCUGGACGGUGUGCCCGAGGCCUCUGCGCCGGGACUAAGUGAGUACCCGCAGAGAAGAACGAAAAAGAGCCAAAACUAUGUUUAUGGUGCUGAUUAUGGUGCUGAACGUCAGAGUUCAAGCCGUAAUCUCAGGAAGAGUCGCAGGGAAAGUCCGAGCCGUAGCGGUAGCGGCAGCGGAAUCGGCAUUCUGGAGACCCCAGACUCACACGAAGAAGCUGAAGCACAGGAGCAGCCAUCAAUCUUCUGGUCCCCGCACGCCUCCUCCCUUUCUUUUCCAUCUUCAUUGCCAGGGAGGCGGCAGCUCCUGCACCGCACGCACGUCCCACGGAAGUCCAUUCUAAAAACACCAACGACGCUGGACGACGAGAUGCUCAUACGCAACUUGUGGGCGAUGGUGUCUAUCUCAGAUAGCCGGCUCGACUACACGUACGAGUUUCUUGCUGGAGUUUUGCUUGUUGGGGAUAAGGUGCUCGAUACAAUGUGGUCUGCGGGAGAGAUGAUGAUGUAUGAGGAGGCAAGGAGGAGGCAAGGAGGAGGGCAAGAAGGAUGCAAGAACGGGAAAGGAGGAGGGCGGCGCGCCAACUCAUCAGUCCAAUGUCGUGGAGGUCAGAGUCUUCAUAAGAAGUCCCUGAGCAUGUGCGAAAUGAGAGAACAGAAAGGAAGCCUAGGGUUUUAG